AUGAGGAUUAUGAUAAAAGGAGGAGUAUGGAAGAACACGGAGGACGAGAUUUUAAAGGCGGCGGUGAUGAAGUAUGGGAAAAAUCAAUGGGCUCGUAUUUCUUCUUUACUCGUUCGUAAAUCUGCAAAGCAGUGUAAAGCUCGCUGGUAUGAGUGGCUCGAUCCUUCCAUUAAAAAGACUGAGUGGACUAGAGAAGAAGAUGAGAAACUACUUCACCUUGCAAAGCUCAUGCCUACUCAAUGGAGGACUAUUGCGCCAAUUGUUGGUCGUACACCAUCCCAGUGCCUUGAACGCUAUGAAAAGCUUCUCGAUGCAGCUU